AUGCCAACCAUCGACGACCUUCCAACGGAGCUCAUCCUCGCAAUCUUCGCGUUUAUGGACCCCAAGACUAUGAUUAGUGCAUCCUCUGCCUGUCGUCAGUGGUACAAACUCUACUCCUUACCUGAGCAGCAAUACAAGGUCGCUCAGCAUCGAUAUUCUGUUGUCGAUGGCCCGCCAAAUAACGAGUGGCCUGUCAGUCGGCGCCUUGAGGCGCUUCGAGCGCAUCAAGCGCGAUGGCGCACACUUUCAUGGGCAAAGGGGAUCAAUGGGAAUGCUUUCAGGGGUCUAUGGCCGGGCAAACAGGCUUUAGUGUUCAACAAGGCGCCUUCAGUCGUGGUCAACAGCGACGAGUCGAUGUGGUCAAUCAAUGUGCCCAUUCCCAUCCGUGACUUCUGCAUGGAUAGUUACCAAGAUCUUGUUGUCGUUAUGAAUGCUGAAAAUCAACGAUCACGACGGGAUGUUCACUUUCUUUCGAUGAGCGAUGGAAGGCCCCAUCCUCGUGCUAAAUACCCUUUGGUUUCGGAAGAUAUCAGCUCUGUCUGGCCUUACGACAGUGGAUGCACCAUUGAAAUCUACGGGGAGCACGUUAUCAUUCUCUUCAGAGGAUACACAUAUCCUACUACAGGGGCACAGAGAUUUUCAUCCGUUUUGAUCAUAUGGAACUGGAUAACGGGCGAAAAAAUGAUGCGCCUCAGUUCAAGCGGCAACAAUUUUGUUGAUUCGUUCUGCUUUUUAUCUCCCGAUCAUGUCCUAGUUGGACGACGAACAUAUCCUUCUACGCCUUCGGCCCAAUCUUCACUGGAGGUAUAUUGCUUUGGCAAAGGGCUACAACACAUCAACAUGCGACGUUUUCAGCUACCCAAAUUAGCAGCAGAUGCAUCGCUGAAUUACCUCGAGCUCUUGUGUCAAGCAGUCCCAACACCGAACCACCAUGCAUGGCGGCCCUUCUACACCUCACCAUCCAACCGCAUAUGUAUGAUAAGCGUCUAUUAUUCAAACGAGGUUUCAUAUCGAUGGGUGAACUACAUCGUCUUCGCGUCUACAUUCCUCAAAACUUUUCCAAACGAGGAGACUAAUUUGGGUAUUGUCGAUCCGGAAGAAUUCCGAUAUAUUUCGACAAAAGAAGUGUAUACAAAGCCGACGUAUGGCACCCGCAUUGUGCGUCUCCUACCAGCUGCCAAUCCGGGUCGAUAUAGGAUCCAAAUCUGCGAUUUCAAUCCGUACGCGCGCUCUCAGAUCAAAGAUGCACUUGGUGUGAACAAGAGAGAGACGGGAAUAAUAAAGCAGAAGAAGUUGGAUGGGUUCGGCAUGGACCUCAUUGGGCGCGUUGAUGAAAUGCAGAGAGAUGUCAAACAGAAUGAAGAUGUGGCGACUGUAAACUACAGGUAUAUCGCCUCUGCUCCUGCUCGUUUUCCUCUCGAUUCCAUCUUUGCGGAGCCUAUAUUCUCUGCACUGCCGUAUCUGGAGACGACGACAGUGGAAGAUUUCGAGGUGAGAUACGUGAUGAUGGAUUUCGAAAAUAUAUACCUACUGGAUCAUGAUGAAGUACAAGUCUUAUCUUUGUAG